AUGUGUUUUGAUAGCUUAGAUGAUGUAAAACAAUUUUAUAAAAAUUACGGUAUUAGAAGCGGCUUUGGUAUUCGCACCAGGACUUCAGCAAGGGGCGAAGACAAUGAAAUCAACUACAUCAAGUUGGUGUGUUCACGAGAGGGAAAUUAUGUGUCCGCUAUUCCCCCGGAAUUGAAGACCGUCCCAACUAAAGCAAAACAGUGUAAAGCUUCAAUCACUGCAGCAAAGAAAGACGGACAAUGGUUCAUUAGGAGCGUUGUAACUGAUCACAGUCAUGACAUUAGUCCGAAGAAGUCAAGGCUAAUACGGGGCAACCGUAAAGUUGACAUGCAUUCAAGGCAAACUGUUGAGACUAACGAUGACGCUGGUGUCCGAAUUAACAAAAGUUUCCGCUCUCUUGUCUCUGAAGCAGGUGGAUAUGAAAACGUUAACUUCAUUGAACGUGAUGUUCGCAACUACAUUGGUCAACAAAGGCGAUCAUUGUGUAAGGAUGGGGAUGGGCAGGCCCUUUUACGACAUUUUUCAAAAAUGCGGGAAUUAAACAACGACUUCUUCUUUGAAAUUGACAUGGACGAAGACAACCGUAUAUGUAAUGUUUUUUGGGCCGAUGCGCGCAGUAGAGCGGCAUCUGAGGAUUUUGGUGAUGUUGUGUCUUUUGACACCACAUAUCUGACCAACAAAUAUGACAUGCCUUUCGCUCCUUUUGUAGGUGUUAAUCACCAUGGACACUCCAUUUUAUUAGGUUGUGGUCUAGUAUCAGCUGAAGACACAAGGUCGUUCGUGUGGAUUUUUGAAUGCUGGCUUCGGUGCAUGUAUAACAAACCACCGAAGGAAUUGUUACCGACCAAUGUAAGGCAAUGCUUAAUGCAAUUGGAGAAGUUUUCCCUACUACCAAACAUCGAUGGUGUCUAUGGCACAUAA